CCGUACCCGCCACGGACGCAUGUGUGCGGUGAGCUGAGUGCGGCGCACGACGGGACACGCGUUGUGCUCGCAGGGUGGCUGCUUCCCGAACGGAGGGCGUCCAAGUCGCUGUCGUUCUUCCCGAUCCAAGACGCCUCUGGUUCGCUGCAGCUGGUCGUGCAGCGGAAGAAGGCCGGGCUGUGUGGGCUGUCCGCGGUGCCUGUUGAGUCGACGGUGCUCAUCGAGGGCCGCGUGUGUGUGCGCCCCGCCGAGUCCCGCCGAGCCGAAGCGAGGGGCGAGAUCGAGGUCGAGGUCGAUAAAUACACGCUGCUCAAUCCUGCGGAUCGCCGUCUGCCGUUCGUCCCCUCCGACCCCACCAACCUCCCCAACGAAGACCUCAGGGCCCGCUUCCGCCAUCUCGAUCUCCGCCGCCCUCCCCUCGCCAGCAACAUCCGCAAGCGCAGCCACGUCUCCCUCCUCAUACGCAACGCCCUCCACGACAAAGGCUUCACAGAGGUCGAGACACCCCUCCUCCUCAAGUCUUCCCCAGAGGGUGCACGCGAGUUCCUCGUCCCCUCCCGUCUCGCCACACAGAACGGCCCCUCCUUCUAUGCUCUCCCACAGUCCCCGCAGCAGCCAAAGCAGCUCCUCAUCUGCUCUGGAGCCGUCGACAGCUACUUUCAAUUCGCCAAAUGCUUCCGUGACGAAGACGGCAGAAAAGACAGGCAGCCCGAAUUCACUCAGCUCGACCUAGAGAUGGCCUUUGUCUCUUGGGGAAACUCGGCUCCCGCCACAUCCCCAAACUCAAACCAAUGGCGUAUCGGCGGUACCCAGCUUCGCACCGUCAUCCAGUCCCUAUUGCACACCAUCUGGCACGACCUCGAGGCCUAUCCUCUUCCACAUUCAUUCCCUGUCAUCACCUAUCACGAAGCCAUGUCACGUUAUGGCUCAGACAAACCAGACACUCGCUAUGGCCUCGAGGUACACCAUACUCUGGACGCCCUCAUCGUCCGUUCUUCCCACGACCACGCCUUCCUCCGUGCAAAUCAUCGCUAUCAGAAUCACAACCCUAACAUCGUGAGUCCCUCUUCCUUGCCACUCCCGACUACCCUGCAUCGUCUUCAGGAUCGCAUCCAACUCACCGACGCCAACUAUCCAUCCUGGCUAUCCGACGCUAUUUCUCCACGUGGCCUCAUUCCGCCCCUCCCUCACCCCCAAGCACCGUCCCUCAACGACGCCUUGAGGCUCUCCGUAGGCGAUACCGUCUAUCUAUCCCGCAGAACCAAAUUCCUCGAGGGUGGGUCCACUCCCUUGGGACGAAUAAGGACCCACUUAUUCGAGUCUGCCCAAGCUAUCGGGGACUGCACACCGUCUCAAGAUCCACACUUUCUCUGGGUCACCGAGUUCCCCCUCUUUACCCGCGCAGACGACGAAAAAGAAUUCUUGGCAAAGGGAAGGUGGAGUAGCACCCAUCAUCCCUUUACGGCACCCAUGUGGCAGGAUAUCGAAGCCUUGUACGACGGACGCAUACACCAAGUUCGCGGGCAACAUUAUGAUCUAGUCCUCAAUGGCGUAGAGAUCGGUGGUGGCUCGGUUCGCGUGCACGAUGCUGCCAUGCAGGACUACAUCUUUUCCGAGGUUCUACAGCUUGACCAGUCCGAGAAGGCUUCUUUCAACCACCUUCUUCACGCCCUUCGCUGUGGCGCCCCUCCUCAUGGCGGAAUCGCUCUCGGUUUUGAUCGUCUAAUGUCCAUUCUCUGCAAGACGCCGUCCAUUCGAGACGUUAUUGCCUUUCCUAAAACGGGCGCGGGAACCGAUCCCCUCUUCAAGAGCCCGGCGGCCAUUAACAAGGACGUCUUGCAUCAAUAUGGUAUUCAGCCAAGAUAA